ACUAGGUGUGUCGGCUUUUAGCUGAUUCUUGAAUCAUUUCCAAGAACCAAAAUCAGUUUGAGUUGAAGGGGUAAAAAGCUUAAGACUGAACAGAAGUGCUGUCACACCUGUAAGAGUCGUGGUAGGAAAGCUGACAGGUGAUUGGCUGAUGGUGUUCAGGUAAAACUAGGGUGGAGAUGGGUGUGAUCUGAAUUCACUGCAACGUAGCUCUGAUUGUCUGGACAAGCUUUGUGACUCUGUUUUGACCAUUGAAAGUUGAGUUAAAAUGUCUCUUUUCAAGAAGUUCUUCAAAGGCAUCAUCCACGACAGAGACCCAAAGGAUGAAACUGUCAAGGUGAAGGAGGAAGCCAAACCAAAGUUCUACGGGACGGUGACUCCGUAUCCAAACUUCAGUGCCAGCAGUGAUGCAUCGACCCUUCAGAGCGCCAUCCAAAAGGUGGAUGUGGAUGUGAUCGUUGCCAUUCUGGUGAAGAGGAACAACGAGCAGAGGCAGAAAAUUAAAGCCGUUUACGAAUCGUCCUCUGGAAAAAAUCUGGUUGGAUCCCUGAAGCCGGUCCUCAGGUCCGAUUUGGAGGACGUGGUUCUGGCUCUGCUGAUGCCUCCAGCUCAUUUCGAUGCCUUCCUGCUCAGGAGAGCCACCAAGGGUCUGGGGACAGACGAGGACGUCCUGGUCGAGGUUCUGGCCACCAGAUCCUACGCAGAAAUUCAGGAAAUAAAGAAAGUCUUCAAACAAGGUUUUUAUACCAGACUCUCAGUUCACACCUGUUCUCAUGUGGCGUCACACCUGUUCUCAUGUGACGUCACACCUGUCCUCAUAGUACCAAAGGAGCUGGAGCAGGUGAUUAAGGAUGAGACCAGCGGUGACUUCACCGCGGCGCUGCUGGCCAUGCUGAACACCAAGAGAGACCAGAACACUGUGGUGGACAUGGAGCAGGCCAGAAAGGACGCCAAGUUGAGAUUUUGA